UGGUGCAUUAAAGGCAAGUGUGUUGACAACGGAUUACCGAGAAUUAACGGAGGGUGGAGUGAGUGGUCUGAUUACAGUCCUUGUAGCCGAACUUGUGGGGGAGGUGUGCAAUACCGUGAGAGGACUUGUACCAACCCACCGUAAGUCAAUUACGAUCUUGAUUACGAUCCAACAAUUCAUUACAAUUCAUUAGUAAGAGGCCCUUUCGGCUCCAGUCUCAUAGUAGUUCAAUACUGAUUGGACGCAAAGAACGGCGGAUGUUGUCGUUGUUGCUGUUUUAAGUUGUUGUUUUUAACUACAAACCCUCGUCUAGAAUAAAAUAAACCGACACUUCACAACUUCCUUUCCAUAAACUCCAGUUAACACCAGUUAACUAAAUAAGUGUUCCAUAAACCGAAUAGUAACCUGUGUAUGAAUACAAAUACAAAAAAGGUGCAGCGAAGAAAUAAACUGAAUAAAUGAACUAAAAGAAAACAAUAAAUAUGGUCAGCUAAACAUGGAUAUAUUUAAAUUUCAGUAAUUUUUUUUUAAAAAAUAAGAUUGAAAAAUAUAUUCCAUGUGCUUAUUUCAUUUUUCAGACCCACAAAUGGCGGAAAGGAAUGUUCCGGAGAAUCUAAGGCGAAAUGGAAAAUAUGCAAUUCACAG